AUGAAUACACCAAAUAUAACCAUAGUCAAUCCAGAAGCGCAGAAGACCGAAAAGCCUUUGAAUGUGGAAAUUAGAAACAACAAAGUCAUUUUUAAGCAGAGGGUCGUCUCUCUUGAGAAGCAGUCAGAGACUCUUCAGGAGAUCGUCAAGUUUCGCGAACUUCUCGAAAGCUGCAUAUCUAGUGGUAACCCUCUGGUCACAAUACCCGAUGACUCUAAGCCUGUCGUAGCCAAACUGGCAUUCGAAAGUGAUAAGUCCUUGCAAGUCCUUGCUAAACAUGUUAGACAAGAACUCUUACCCAUCCAAAACGAUGACGAUAGAGAUGUAUCUGCUCUUCUACCUGUGACGGCCGUUGAAGCUGUCAUCAAGUCCACGAUGAACCGCAACAACUAUGGCUUAGACGUGUUAUCCGGAGUCAAAAUCCCUUCAUCUUCGUGUGUUUGGAGAUGGGAAAUGAAGGACGAAUAUAAGGAUUGGCUGCCCAAAGCUGUACGAGAGAAAACGGAAGCUAGAAUUGCGGAGAGAGUUGAGGCAAAAAAGGCGUUGAAGGCGCUCUUUGAAGCUUUGCCACAGCAAGAGCGGGAUUCGAUGCUUGGCUACAAGGGCGCUACAACAUCCAUUUCUCCUGCAAGAGACGCGUUACAAGCAUUCCCUACGAAUACCUCCCAGGAGGACGCCGUUCACUUCUGUUCACAACCGGAGCAGGGCCGAGAAUUAUCCAAGGAACCGUCGGACAACCAGAGUAGUGGCAGUAGUAGCAAACGCUCCAAGAAGCCUGUGGAUCCCCUGAGAGCAGCAAAGGACAAAGAGAAAUCGGAAAAGAAGGCUGCGAAAGCGGAGAAAGAGAAAAAAGAAAAAGAAUCACAGAACAAAUCCCGCUCUCUGAUGGUCACCUUCUUCAGUAAACCUAAAGGUCCUGCUCCUCCUUCCACGAGCAACCAGUCAGAGACACGAAUCACGAGUUCAUUGACUGCGAUAUCAGAUUUCGACCGCAUGUUCAAGCCCUUUGUACUGAAGAAGGAUGCAGAGCUAGCCCCAUGGAAUCGAUUCCUCCAAAAACACCGUCCAUGUGGUUCACAAAAUAAUGUUAUAGUCAUUGACGACGACAACGAGGAAACACCAACAUUAACUACAUGCCAUAAAUCUUCUGAAGUUCAGGUUGAGAAACUGACAUCCCAAGAGCGUCUACAGGAUAUUCUGUCUUCUAUUACAGGACUUGCACCUUCCUUGACACGCCGUAGGACUACGCCAUUCAAAGCGUAUAGCUCUGUUUCAGUUCGAGAUAUGGUUACCCGGCUUUCUGAAGCGGAGGUAACUGGAGACACCGGACUUGUCCGCGACCUGCUCUCUAAGCUUAGUGAUCGUGCAAGUGUACCCGCUAAGGUCUUCAUAUUCGCUGAUGAUGCCCGGCCUGGCUAUUUCGGGACAUGGACACGAAGCUCAAAAACAAUAGGGCCACGAACACCAUUUCAUAAAGACACUUUAGAGUUUGAUUACGCGUAUGACAGUGGCGAAGAAUGGGAAGAAGAACCACCUGGCGAAGCAGACGACGUGAUCGACGAUGACGAUGACGAGGGAGAAGCAGAGGAUUUCGACUCAGAUAUGGAUGAUUGGCUUGUGGACGAUGACAUCGGAGAGCCGGGAACACCCUUGGAAGAUAAAGAAACGUCUUUUAUACCCGACGUUUGUCGUGUGUCCAAACGAAAGCCCGAAGCGACGGAAAACAAACCACCGAAGAAAAGGAAGAUGGUUGUCCCUCUAGUGCCUUACGCUAGAGGCCCUUGUUGGGAAGAUGCUAUCGGCGAAUGUCUGUACGACGCGUUCAAGCCAUAUCGCAUCAGACUUUUCAAUGAUACCCCUUUUCCUGUUGAUCCUUUUACGUUUUGCUCAAUGCCACAACAGACACCGUUUACAUUUGUCGCCGCAUCCAGGCAUGAUGAUCGUGGAUUCGCUGUACCUUCGGUCCUUGUUCGGACUACCAAGGCACAGGAGUCCUCCAACAUGGCUACACAGCCAUUGGUCGUUCCAAAGGAUCCUGUGCCAAAGAAAGUAGCACCUCCUCCAAAGACAGUUUUUCCCGAGACCCACCUACCGCUAUUGCUUUCCAAGAUUAAUGCACUUCAAACAACUAACCUAACGUUCCUCGUUGAGGCCAUAUACCAAGACUUGCGGACACACAAGAUUAAAAAGAAUGCAAUCGAGGCCAAGGUGCGAGAGGUGGGAGAGAAAAGUAAAGACACGAAGUUCUGGAAGGUUAAGCCAGGUUUUGAGCAGGAGAACCCCGCUAUGAAGGCAUAAAAGAUAUUCAUGUUUCUAUCUAACUUAAGUUCUCUUUUAUGAUACUGUUUUGUCUUGUUUCUAAUAAACUAAAUGGACUAUUAU